AUGUCCGAGACAUGCCGCUCCGCUGGGCUCGAGGGGGACGCGUCCGCGGACGGGCUUGGCUCGCUCGGCGCGGCGACCGGCCGCUGGCUCACCCGGGGCAUGCUGGAGGCGUAUGCGUGCCUCGGCGCCGCGCUGGCGGAGGAGCAGGCGGCCGCCGAGCGCGCCGCCGCGCACGAGCAGCUGGCCGGCGGCCGCGCUCGCUCCCUCAGCCUCGGACGCGACCGCGCCGGCGCGUCCUACUGGGCCAUCGGCCCGCGGGCGCCGCUGAGCGUGUGGGCGCCGUCCCGCGCCGCGCUCGAGUCGCUGCUGCCUCCGUUCGAGCCCGCGCCUCCUCCCGCGCCGCCGGCUGGCCUCGCCAUCCACGAGCACGCCGAGUCGCUCCCGGGAGGGCUGCUGGCGGCGGAGGGCUGCUAG